AUGGUGUCAUUCACAAUUGUGUUGUACUUUCAGGCAGAUCAACUGACAGAGGAACAAAUCGCUGGUAAGAUGGCCAUUUUUGCUCAAACAUGACCAAGGUGUCAAGAUGUUUAAGUCUAUAUUACACGGAUGCUUUAUUGUCACAUACAUUAGAUAGGUGCAGUGAAAUGUGUUGUAUUAUGGAAGUGUAGACUGGAGACAAUCUACAUUUUUCAUCCAGAGUUCAAAGAGGCGUUCUCGCUGUUUGAUAAGGAUGGAGAUGGCACCAUCACCACCAAAGAGCUGGGCACCGUGAUGCGCUCGCUGGGACAGAACCCCACAGAGGCCGAGCUGCAGGACAUGAUCAAUGAGGUGGAUGCUGAUGGUGAGACACACGAAUGCUCUCCAUCUCUCUCCCCCAAAUGAACACACACACACACAGGCUAUGCACACAACGGAGGGUUUUGAUAACGUUCUGAUGCAAUAUCUGAUGAUUGGGAUGAAAGACCUACAUUGUAAGAAUCAUUGUUUUCCUCCUGUGAAAUAAUUUUGCUUUGUGAUCCACAGGAAAUGGAACCAUUGACUUCCCCGAGUUCCUGACCAUGAUGGCGAGGAAGAUGAAGGACACCGACAGUGAGGAGGAGAUCAGAGAAGCCUUCAGAGUCUUCGACAAGGUCAGCCAAACUGGGGAAUGGCAGAUUUGAGACUGUUCAAAUGUCUUACAGCCAGUCAUAGCACUUCAAAUAUUAACCAAUGGGUUCCAUCACUCCCAUUGGAUAUGUCUCAAACCUCUCCAGAGUUGACCAAAUUCAUGAUUAUUUGACAUUCAAUAUUUAGGAAAUACUCAGUAAUACGAUCUGCAUGGUAGUUAACACUAAACUCAAACUGUCUCUAUUGUGUUGCAGGACGGUAACGGCUAUAUCAGUGCUGCAGAGCUACGUCACGUUAUGACAAACCUCGGUGAGAAACUGACAGACGAGGAGGUGGACGAGAUGAUCCGGGAGGCUGAUAUCGAUGGAGAUGGACAGGUCAACUACGAAGGUCAGUUUCCGCAUCUUCUCUAUCUAGUCUCAAACUUGUGUUAA